AUGGCGGGUCCAGAAGAUGUCAUGGUGCUUGGAGAAGGCAAGGUAUGGGGCGCUGAAUUGGACGAGCCGGAUGACGAAGACCGCGGAGAGCUGGAGGACGAUGAAAGACUUGAGGUGGAAUGGUUGGCAGUGCUGGAGAUUGGCGAUGGACCACCAUUCCCAUCAUCACUUGAGUCCGCUGGAUCAUUAGUAUACUGCUCAACAUCAAGUGGCCAACUGUCCGCCAAGAACUCCAAGUUAGAUGCUGCACGUGAAUUACUUGAGGAUUCAAAGUAA